AUGGAUACUACUCAUAGAAUAGUUAUCCCAACCUUACUGUUGUUUGUGCUUUUCAUCGUAGACCUUGGAGAAGGCCACAAUGGGUGUCCCGAAUUACGGUGUGGAGAAGAUGGCCCAGUCAUACGAUUUCCUUUCCGACUCAAAAACAAGCACAAGCAGCCAGACCAGCAGUGUGGCUAUCCUGGCUUUGAUCUCCACUGUUCUGAUAAUAAUGAUACGGUGCUCGAGCUGUCUAAUUCAGUGCAAUUAGAAGCUAAUUAUGUUAUUUUUACAGGUAAAUCAACAAAGAUAAUGAGUACUGUUUCCAUCUUGGGGUCAUUUCUUUUGGCACUAGUGGUUUAUGUAGUCUAUUGUGUCUAUCGCUAUGACAAAUUAGAAAAAGAGAAUCAAGCAAGAAUUGAAAAGUUUUUAGAUGAUUACAAAGCUCUCAAGCCCACUAGGUACGCAUACAACGAUGUUAAAAGGAUUACAAAUCAAUUUACUGAGAAGUUAGGUCAAGGAGCCUAUGGAACAGUGUUCAAAGGAAAGCUUUCAAAUGAAAUCCAUGUUGUUGUGAAGAUCCUAAAUAGUUCCAAGGGCAAUGGGGAAGAAUUCAUAAAUAAAGUGGGAACAAUGUGUAGAUACCACCAUGUUAAUGUGGUUUGUUUGGUUGGCUUCUGUGUUGAUGGAUUUAGAAGGGCAUUAGUUUAUGAGUUCUUACCAAAUGAUUCACUAGAGAAGUUUAUUUCAUCAGUAGAUUCUAACUAUUUCCUUGGUUGGGAAAAACUACAAGACAUUGCUCUUGGCAUAGCAAAAGGAAUUGAAUAUCUUCACCAAGGAUGA